CAGGAACAGGUCAGAUGCUGUUGUAAUGUUAUACAAUAGGCAGAGAAUCAGUUCCUCAUUUAGUGAAAACAUGAACAUGAAAUGCCUUAAUACUUAAUGAUUCACAAAGUGAAGCUUGUGUACUGAUUUACCACUUUCUACUUUGAAUUGUGCAACAGCAGAAGAGGGAUAAAUGUUGUGUAAGCAAUGACUAUUGUUGACAACAGCUUUAAAGAGGACUUUGUGCACCACUGAUCAGAGUCCAGACAGGUCGGGGUCUUCAUUCAGAUAGUCUGAUGACUGCUACUGUCUGUGGGUUUCUCUUUCUUUUCCUCUAUGGCUGCAUCUGAGUCAGGCUCAAAAUCUCUCUUCUCUCUGGAUUCCUAUCAUGUCUCCGAGGAGCUCGGCUUCAUCCUCCCUGAUCCUCUGGAAGAGCUCCCCGAAUACUACCAGCCAUGGAUGGAUAUUGCCCUCAGAAUUCCAGAGCUGGUGCACUCUCACGAGUUACGCUCCCUCAUUAACAAGAUGCCACUGCUGAACAGCCAGUUUCUGCAGAAACACAAAGAGUUACGUCUGGCUCACUUGGUCCUCAGCUCGAUGACUAUGGGCUACAUGUGGCAGGAGGGAGAAAGUAACACAGUCAAGGUGCUCCCAAAGAGCCUGGCCGUCCCAUACUGGGAGGUGUCACAACGCCUCGGACUUCCUCCAAUUCUCACCCAUGCAGAUGCCGUUCUGGCUAACUGGAGGAAGAAAGACCAAGAUGGACCCUUUGACAUGGAGAACCUGGAGCUGCUGGUCAGCCUCCCUGGUGGGGAAAGCAUGCAAGGUUUCUUUUUGGUUACUCUGCUGGUGGAGCUGGCUGCAGUACCUGCACUGAGGUGCAUCCCUAAAGUUAUAAAUGGUAUGAGGUGCAGUAACAGUGAGGCUGUGGCCACAGCCCUGGAGGAAAUCAGCCAGUCCAUGCAGGAUAUGGCAGAUGCACUCAAACUAAUGCACGUUUACGUGGAGCCUUCUGUGUUUUACGGCAUUAUGAGGAUCUUCCUCUCAGGGUGGAAAGACAACCCUUGUAUGCCAAAGGGGCUGGUUUAUGAAGGUGUAAGCACAGAACCGAUGGAGUACUCAGGUGGGAGUGCUGCACAGAGCAGCCUGCUGCACUGCUUUGAUGAACUCCUUGGAGUCAAACAUGAAAAAGAGAGUGGUAGCUUUCUUACCCGCAUGAGGAACUACAUGCCACCUGCUCACAAGCAGCUGAUCCAUGACAUCUCACUGCAGCCCUCCUUGAAGAGUUUCGUCUUGCAGCAGGGUAGCAAGCAGCUCAACCAGGCCUUUCAGGAUUGUGUCACAAAACUGCUGGCUUUACGCAGCUACCACAUCAAUGUGGUCAGUCGCUUCAUCACCGUACCCGCUGCCCGUGCACGACAACUUCGCAACCAGAGUCAGGACACCAAUGGAGAGAUGAUCAGCAAAGCACCCACAGCUCUAGAAGAGAGGGGCACAGGGGGGUCAGGCAUCAUGACCUUCUUAAAGACCGUCAGAGAUCAAACAAGAGACGCCUACCUGCCUGAGAAAACGACUGAUGUGGACUGAGGACAAGAAGCAAAGUGUCAACAACAGCACACAAACUGACAGUAAAUCACCUCUUACCCAAAAAUACUAAUUUAAAUGUCAUUAAAAGGAUCAUUUUGGCAGAAUGUGAGCAGCAGCCAUCACUUGUCUUACAUUUAGCUUUGUUGUGUCUGUAAACAAACCUCAGCCUAAUAGACAUAAGUGAUACCCAUCAGCCAGUCCAAACCACAACUCAAACCGUUCCUGUAACUCUCCAUUAAACUCAACCACAAACUUCUUUCUCUAAUCCAACUGGAACCCCAAAUAUGCAUCAGACAUCUACUCCAGACCAACAAAUCAUGAGGACAUUUGGACAUCAAGGGACCGAAAUAUUUCCUUGACCAACAUGACUUUUUAAGGAAAUGAUUUUGAAAUUAAUUUAAAUGUGGCUUAGAAAUUUAAACAGCUGGUUGGUGUCUUUUUAACUUGAAAAUGCAGGAGCUGUUAUUGUCCCACUUUCAUCACCCAUUUAAGUUACUGCUGUAAAGUAAAAAUAAAAAAAAUAGCUGUUAAAAUAUGUCCAUUUAAGUACUUUUAAUGCUGUUAAGAGAAGCCCUGAUGGAGCACAAGGGGAUGCAUGUGAGUUCAUACCGAAAGAAGGUUACACUGGGUAUGCCUUCCAAAAACAAAAAACACGGGUGAUACCAAAGGCAGGCUGUCCACAUUAAUAACAGUUAUUUGAAAAGGUGUGAAAUCCACACCUGCUGAAUCCUCCUGACACACUAUGGCAUCAACAAGCUGGAACCUGACCUUUCCCUCUCACAAAAUAAUCCUCCUCUGUUGCGUCUUUUCUCUGCAGUGUGUGUGCUUGUCAUGUCGAAGCACAAUGCACAAAGCCGAGCAGAGAUACAUCACUUAUCAGAGCGGUUACCUCAGCACUCCUGCUGUCCUCCUCCAGCCCUCACAUGCCCCGUGAUACACACUUCCUGGACUGAGUGUGGAAAGCCCGGAGUAAUGAAGGGAGGGAUUGUGCCAUGAAUGGCUCAUGCUGUGUAAUCUUCACCUUCCCUGGCUCAUCUCCACCGGUGUUUCAUUACAAUAGCAGGCUGGCAGGAUCAGAUAAGGCAGACAGUGUGGCAAUUAGACAUGACAAAUACUGUGGGCCUGAGCGAUACACCUCAUUAUUGUCCUCUUUUCAUUCCCAACCAGUGCAACAUGAGGACAAUGGAGGAAAAAGGAAGGAGAGAAAAUUACAAAUGCAGCCUGUUGAGAUUUAACAAGAUUCUUUGAGGCUUUUUGGGCAUUUUAGUCUGGUUGAAGAGCAUAUGUUUUGAAGUUUGAAGUUUUUAUUUCAAUAUUGUGUCAUACAUACAGUCAUGUGUCCAGUCCACGUGGGCUUACAUGACACCAGUAAUUUAAACAAACCAGGGUGAGAGAGUAUAGUAGUUUUUUUCCAUUGUCAUAGAUCAGAAAAGGAGGAUGGAGACAAACUAAAGAUUGAUAAAUUAGUUCAAUAAAGUGUCUUGUUUUCUUUUCCAGACUUUUGAAACAAAAUUAGCAAGUUUAAACAUAUCAAAUUUAGACAUGUAUUCCCAUUUUUACUCAUUAGGUGACUGCAGAAUUUUAGGGUUUUAACAAGCCAUUUUAUGACGCAGUCCUUCUCUUAGGUCAUGUUAUUUGUAACAGUGCAAAAUAAAAUGGGACUCUUUACAUGGUUUUGAGUUUUAUAUGUUGUUGUGGUGCAACUGAUGGCUCUAUUGAAAAUAUCCAAACAACAAAAAUUGAAAUAUUCAAAGAGUGAUGGGGAAAUGUGAAAUGGGUUUCUUUUACAAUAUGAGAGUGCUUUGUGUGCUUUUCUGAACAGCAAAAAUUGAAUAUAAACAAUGUUUUUGUUUAAUGUUGAGUCAAAAAUGUUUUGUUAUAUAGAAUGUAUCUUAUGCCACAUUUUCCUGACAAGUCCAGAUGGCCAUCUUAUAUCCAGGCAUAAACUAAGAACAUUAUCCCUGAAUUGCUUGUGAUAAAUAAACAACAUCUGCCAGUGAGGCAAACAAAAUUUACUUUUCUUUAAAUGAGAUAACACUCUGAAAGAUUUUUGUGGUUAUUCCAAGCAAUUCAAGCAUUAUCUUUUGUAUUCUUAAACUUGAAAUAUUAGAUUGCUAUCUGGACUUCCCAGGAGAAUUUGUCUUAAAAUUAUUGCACUUAACAAUUCUUGACUAGUGAAAACUUCUGCUUCCAACAGAUGUCUCUUUUCUAAUUUGUUAAAACAAAAAUAUGUAACUUUUAUACCUUAAAAUAGUACUUUCUUAGACAAACUCAAAGUACAUUAACUUUCAAUUCAUAGAAUAGUAUCCAACUCAUUUUUUUAGCAUAUGUAAUGGGGUGCAGAAAAUCAUUUAACUCUAGUUAUGUUUAUCAAUACAAAAAAAAAAAAAAAAAAAAAAUCCAGCAUUCACCAAUAGGUCACAUAUAUCCUUGCCAAUCUACAAGUAAGCUUUGUAAGUCUUGAAGCAUACAGACCAAUCUCAACUACCAUGGAAUAAGUACUCUCUCCAAUGCAACUAUUCAGCUAUGGACUACAAAGUUAGUUUACACUGUCAGAUAACAACCUGACUGCACUUUGAACGUGCAUCAAGACUAUACAUUAACAAUACACCUUCAAGAAUGAUCUGCAUUCACAACUUCCUGCCUCUAAUCAAAUGACGGCCCAAACAUAAUUUCUGUGGUACAAAUGCUUACUGUGCUUUAUUUGCUGCUGACAAUAAGAAUGAGUAAGGCAAAUUAGCCAACAACUAAGAGGUUACUGGCUUCUCUAACACUGGUUUUUCCCCCUCAUAUUGUCAAACACAUGCUUCUAAAGAAAAUGCUGACAUAUUACUGAGCAAAUAAACCUUGUUGAGUACUGGUUGGAUUGCAAUGACAACUCGGUUCAAGAUGACAAGUUUUGAGCCUGGUGGAGUCAGCUCUUCUAUGUGAACAAUAGGGUCCAGCUUGCACUUGAGAGCGUUUCCUUCAUGUUCAUUUUUGAUGUUGUGUAAUCAGCAAAAUAAAAGCCAAGAUUCGGGUCACUUUGGCCUUCAUUCUGAAUGCAACCUAAAGGCUCGUUUACACUCUAUGUUAGAAACCCAUACGGAUACAAACUGACUGUUCUGUCAGUACUCAGCAUUCAUUUCAUCCGUUUUUCAUCUGUUCUCUUGAACUUACAGAUAUGGAACAAUUGUAACAAUACCACCACUAAUCGUGGGGGCAGUGUUGAGCAAUACAGUCAACAGUUCAACUCAGACUUGCAAAAUACAAUGAACAAGCAUCAUUAGAAAAAAAGCAGAAUUUAAUCAAGUUUUCGGAGGAAAUAUUGUAAAAUAUUGAGCGAGUUGUUAGAAAAUAACAACAUAUCAAUGAUCAGCUCACCUGGGCACAAAGACAACUACAAAAGCAUAGCUGAGAACAAGAUGGACUGUUCUUCCUUCACUCCAUGGGACAGACAGAGGAGCAUCUAAGUAGCUCCAGGAUAGGCGGCAACCUCUAGUAGAUUCGUUUUUUUAAUGUCCACUCCAACAUACAACAUGAGGGCAAUGGUUGUAAUGUUUCAAAUACACUAAUCUAUUUUCGUACAUGCAUAGAGUAUAAAGGAGCCUUUAAAGGGGUACGUACAACAGAACUACUGUAUGUGUGUUUUAGGACAGUGCAUAUGUGCUCAGAGUCCUUUGGAGGGUGCUAAAGUGCACCAAAAUGAAUUACUUCAUAUUGUUGCUUUAAUGAAGCAGUAUUAAGCCCAUAAAGGCCUGUUUGACUUCUAGGUUUUAACACUGCAGCAUGUGUAAAAGUUUCAAGGGUCUUAAGGGUGUGUAUCAGUUUUGCAAGACAGUGAU